GGCGCCUUCCUGCUCCGCCUUUGGGUUGGGGGAGAAAGGUUUGGGGUUGUAAACCUCCCCCCCCUUAAGCAGCCGUAUCUGGUGCAAGGGGGCGGGAGGGAAGACCAGCUCUUCCCCGCCAAGGGGAGAAAGUACUCAUGUAAACAUUUGGAAAAACCAAAUCCUCUUGAUGUAUGGCGGAAUCCUGUGACAGAGCAGUUUCCUUGACAACGGUCUUUCUGCUUCCUGGAAAUUGUUGGCCAACUUUGGCCUAAGCUUAUGGUCAAAGUUUGAGGAAGAAGACUCUUCCCACCAUGUUUGCCUGUAAGACUUGGGGUAUCACUGGCCAGACCUCGGUCUACAAUUGGGACAAGUCUGUCUACCUCUUAGAAGACAAAAUGGAGUCCAUGCAGGGAUCAGGGGAGCUGGAUCUUCAUUUUAAGGUGCUGCUUGAGCAGGAAAUGUAUCCAGAGAUCACAAUUGAGGAGGAAGAGGAAGAGCCUGAGGAAGUAGAAGUAGAUGCGGAAGGGGAGGCAGAUGAAGAGGAAGAAGAAGAAGAAGAGAGGGGAGAGGAGGAGGAAGAAGAGGAGGAGGAAGAAGAGGAGGAGGAAGAGGAGGAAGAGGGAGAAGGGGAUGAGGAGGAUGAAGAGGAGGAGGAGGAGGCACAUCCACAAGGCCCUCAGCAAGAGGCAGUGGGAGCAGUUGAUGGAGAUGACUCCCUGCUUGUGGUGUGUACUGGAACAGUUGAAGAGCUGCUAGGCUUAGAGGCAUCACCAACUGCUGAAUCAAUGCAGCUAGAAGAGGCACCACAACCUCAGCGCUGGGAGGUUCAGUGGGAAGAAGUGUCCCAAACUUCACAGCCUCUCCUCCCUGAAAUUAUAGAACCACCAUUAAUAUCACCAGAAGCAGCCACAUCAAAUAUCACUCAGGUAGUGGAAGUUGCUGCAGUAGAGGUAGAACCAGAGGCCUUCCCGACUACUUUGGAGCAACUAGGGAAUACUUCAUCCUCAUGGGGAACAUCUUUCAUUGAAGAGAGCCACCAGGACCUUCAACGCUCCCCAGCUAGUGCAGAUAGAGGGAGUAUUGGCAAAGCACGGACACCUAUAUCUGGAGGAAGCAGUUUCAGCCUGGAAACUGCACGCCGGCGGUUCCGGCAGUUCUGUUACCAGGAUGCUGAGGGUCCCCGAAAGGCAUGUGGUCAGCUCUGGGAGCUUUGCAACCAUUGGCUGAAGCCAAAGAACCGCACCAAGGAACAGAUUCUUGAUGUCCUAAUUUUGGAGCAAUUCCUAGCCGUUCUCCCUCCUGGAAUCCGAAGUCGGGUAUGGGAAUGUAGCCCAGAGACUUGUGCACGGGCAGUGGCCCUAGCUGAGGAGUUUCUAGCCAAGCAGAAUGAAGCAGAAAGACCAGAAGAGGAGGAUUUUGACUUAUUUGAGGAGGUGGUAGUGGCAUUUCCUGAUGAAGACCAAGUCGCUUCAGAUAUUGAGCAUGGAGAUAUAUGCAUGGAAGCUGGACAGCAGGCUGAUGUAGACAUAUGUUUGCUUGGAUCUUCUGACACAGAAGCUACCUGGGAUUCUUCUGCAGAUGAAGGAGAAAGAGGGGGUUCAGCUGGUGCCCGGACUCCUAACAGAGCAGAUCCUCAGAUGGGAUUUGGAGAGAGACGCAAUGGAGCAGUACAGCAUUUGGCUCCGAAGAGGAUACGGAUAAGAGAGAAACGCCACCCUUGCAUUGAAUGUGGAAAACGGUUCCGUUGUCAGUCAGAGCUAGCCCUGCACCAGAAAGUCCACACCCGGCCCAAAUCCUAUCACUGCGCUGAAUGUGGAAAACAGUUUGGUCGAUCCUCACAUCUCACCAGGCACCAGAAAACCCACAUGGGUGAGGAAUGCCAUGUCUGCAUCGAAUGUGGCAAGCGAUUCCGUUGGUCAACGGAGCUUGUCAUCCACCAGAGGAUCCAUGCUGUUGAACAGCCGCACUACAGUAUCGAUGCUGACACUUUGCUUCAGUGGCCCUCCGAGUUCAAUAUGCCCCAGAAUAUUUUUAUGGGUGAAAAAGUCCCUCCCAGUGGUGAUAUGGUAAAACCUCAUGCAGUCAAGAAGCCUCACCUCUGUCCUGAAUGUGGGAAAGGAUUCCGGUGGCCCUCUGAACUCGCUGCUCAUCAGAAAACUCACAACAAGAACAAACACUACCUCUGUCCUGAGUGUGGGAAAGGAUUCCAGUGGCCCUCGGAGCUGGCGGCCCAUCAGAGGACCCACGCAGGCAAUGGUUUGCCUCCCAUUGCUGAUUAUGAGAACAGCAACAGCCAGCCACCUCAUCAUCCUCCCUAUCUGGGAGCUGGCAUGGCAGAGAAACGGCAUCUUUGCGGAGAAUGUGGCAAGGCGUUCCGAUGGCCAUCAGAACUUGCCACACAUCAACGCAUCCACACAGGAGAAAAGCGCUACUUCUGCACAGAGUGUGGGAAGGGGUUCAUAUGGCCUUCAGAGCUGGCUGCUCACCAGCGAACCCAUACUGAGAAGCAAGCUUACCAGUGUCUGGAGUGUGGGAAAAUAUUCCAUGAUCUCUACGGUCUCACAAGACACCAGAAGACCCACUUGGGAACCAAGGUCUAUCCUUGCACGGAGUGUGGGAAAACCUUUAGUCGGCAAUCUCAUCUGACUCGGCAUCGGAUCACUCACACUGGCGAGAGACCUUACCCUUGUAUUGAAUGUGGGAAAAGGUUUGGACGGCAGUCACACCUCACUCGGCAUCUGAGAAUCCACACAGGAGAAAGGCCCUAUCAGUGUGGUGACUGCGGAGUGAGGUUUAGGCGGAGACACAGCAUGAUGUACCAUCAGCGGAUCCACUUGAGAGAGUCCAGUGGAGGUGUGGACAUGAUAAACCCUCCUAAUGCAGAAAGUCUUGCUGAUCCUCUCCAGAAUCCUCUCCAUGUCACAAUUUGAAACGUUGGGUGGUAAGGAAGUAAUUUCAGAAGGAACAUGGGAUGUGUGAAGGGGACACCUUAAUCACAACAUCUGGAAGAGAUUCUCGUGAUGUAUUAUUUCACCACCCGGAGAGUCUGUAUCACAGGCGGGGUCCAAGAGGCACGUGUUUUCAGGAUUCCUUACAGCCUGUUAAAAAAUGCUAGCACAGGGCCUGUGAAUUGUGCAAAUGAUGUAAAGGAUUCUGUGACAAGAUGUCCACACUGUCUUCUGAACAAGUGUUGCUUUGUAGUUGGGCUGAAAAACAGGGUUGCCCCCAGAAACAGGUCUGGUAAAUUGGUGGCCAGGUUAGUCCAUGGUCCUAAUUUUAGAUUUGGCUCCUGCAAAGCUUUUGUGGCAGGAAAGAAACAUUUGAUAACCAGAAUGGGUCUCCCCUUGCUACUUAUGACAGACAGAGCAGUGUUUGUUCCCUAGAACACAUGGUUGUGGUGGGGUGUUAGACAGAAUCUGCUUUCCUCACUUUCUUCACUUUUUCUUUCUGUGGCACAUAUGUGGGUCAGGUUGGGAUUGUUGCGAUGAGAGGACUCUGUGGGGCCAUCAUGUUGUUCCUUGCAGGGCAGGGCACUCUUUGCAUUUACACUGUUCAUAUGUAGAAAGACUCAUGCUGUCGCAGUGGGGAAAACUGACCUUUCCCACUUUUUAAAAUAAUAUAAUAAUAAUAAUAAAAAAUCUCUUAAGUUGCAAGAGUCUGAUUUGGAACGAAAUACAACCUAUUACUUCAUAUGGCCUUCAGAGUUGGCCACUCACCAGGGAACCCACACUGGUGGCAAUUCUUCAUUUCUACCAAUCCUCCCAAGGCAGAGAAAUCAGCUAAUCAAUCUAGAUUUUGGAAGACAACAUGGCUGGCUCUCCAAAGAUACUUUCAAUGAGGUACUUUUACUUUCCGUGGCACUUCUGUUUUUCCUUUCCUCUUUUCUUGGGAAAUUUUGGGAGAAAUUUCCUUCCUUCCUUCCCUAGGGGCUAAAUUACUUAUUUUUUUUUUUAAAAAAGAAAUAUGGCAGUGUUCGGGUCUUUAGAGCAGUGAUUCCCAACCCUGGCAACUUUCAGAUAUGUGGACUUCAACUCCCAGAAUGUUGGCAUGAUGGCUGGGGAAUUCUGGAAGUUGAAGUCCACACAUCUGAAAUUUACCAAGUUUGAGAAACCCCACUUUAGAGGAAAAGAAGAGCACAUCCACUUUCGCUGUAAUGCUGUAGUUUUCCCCCCACGUGGGACUCUGCAGAUGUCUAGAUUUGCAUUUUGUUUUACCCUUAACCACCACAGUCAUGCUGUUGGGAUGAUGUGAGUUUUAAGGCUGCACUGUUAUUUAUUAUUAUUUUUUGAAAGUAUCAGUGGGAUUUUUUUUUUUUAAUCCAGUAAGGCCUUGAAUUAAAACAAACCACAUUGUAGUACAGUGAAAUCACUACAAAAUAACAGCAGGACUAAGCUGUUGUUUCAUAACCAAGUAAUAUUAAAAUCAUCAGAGAUGAUGAAAAGCUCUACAAACUAACCACCACAGUAUUUCUAAAAUGUGAGGAAUGACAAUAUCCACACAGUCUCUUCUGGAAGGAGAUCCAGAGUGAUGGCUCUAUGGAGGAAAAAAAUCCCUCCAAAGUAGCCUCUUGGUGGAGGGAAUGAGUAGAGAUGUGAAGAAAAACAGAUGUUGCCUUAACCUCCUAGCUCUGCAUUUCUGAAAUAGUGUGGUCCUAUGUAUAUUUACUUAGAAUUACAUCCCACUCUUUCAGGGAGAUUUAUUCCCUAAAAACUAUUUGGACAUAAAACUAAGAGAGUAAAAGAUUUGGUCUCUAGAUUGGAGCAGAGAAUACAUUUUUAGUGACUGUUAUCAAAUGUGAACAGAGAAGGAGUUUUGAAACUGAAAUAAAAAGGGUAACCCCAGGAGUGUUGGAGACGUGAGGAAAGGCAGUAUUUUGAGUUUCGGUUCUAAGAUCUUUUUUUUCCUUCGUAUUGUUUUUGUAAUAAUAAGGGAGACUUUUAAAUCUCCACCACUUUUUUUUUUUUUGAUCCGCCUUUGGAACUGGAAUUCCUGAAGAAUGAACAUUCUUUUGGAAAUAACUUCAGAAUAAAGAGCUUUCUACAAUUAGUGCCUUGUGUGCAGUUUCUGAAGACCAACUUCAGGCUGUGGCCCUUGCAGAAAGGAACAAGAUGAUGCUUUGGAAUGGUUCAUAAACUCAAGAAUACCUUUAUUCCAAGCUGUGCUUUUUUGUACCAAUUCUGCAUUUUCUAUUGGCACUCAUUUGAUUUGUUGAAAGAGAGUUUGCUUUUUUGCAGAGAAAUUCUCGGAUUUGAAGUGUGUUCCUGCAGUCAUUGACUGUAUUUAACCUAUUAAGCAUUUAACCUGGUUACUGACUUAACUCAUUUGGGGAGUUUGCACAAUACAAUGAAUCCUAAUCCUGACAAACAGCUCCGGUUUGCAUAAGAACUGAUCUGUAAUCCGUAAUUCCAAAUCCUUUUUUUUUGAAGUACUCCUGUGUUCCUAAGGAUGCUUAGAGAGGUUAUUUAUGCACAAGAUUCCUUGGACUAGUAUUGUCCUGCACUGGAACAUCCAUAAUUUGUAGAAAAAUGUCACUCAAAGUGGAAAUCAUGAGAUUAUAACUUAAUAUUUCUAGAGGACACCAAGUUAAGAAAAAAUCUCAAAAUGUAUUUACCUCAUACAAUAGUUCAUAAACCGCCAUUAGAGGGAGCUCAAGAUUUUCAAAAGAAACUGCUUUAGCCUCACAAUUUUAGGCAGUCAUACAGUAGUUUAAUAUUACUUUUUAAACUAUUCCCUACUCUUCCUUUCAACACAGCAACCUUUACAACAGCAAUAAGAUAGGUAAAUGUCAGGUAAAAUGCUAGAAACUGUAUCGUUAAACAUUCCAUUAUAGCAUUAAAAUGACACUGGAUGCAGAGUUGUUACAGUCCAUUGAGGCAAUCUAGUUCCUGGUGGCUAAGGAUUUAUGUCCCUGCAUAAUUGAUUUUCAGAAGUGGUUUCCUACUGCCUUCUUAAGGCUGAGAGAAAAUGAUUGGACUGGACCAAGAUCAUUGACAGGACUAGCACUCAAAAUCUCCAGGCUCCUGAUGCAGCAACUUCAUGCAUUACUACAGUACAUCAUACUCAGACAACAUACCUAAAUCCUUAACCUAAAAAAUGCUAAAUUAAAAAAUACUUUAAAAUAUGUUUGAAUUAUAACAAAUUAAAAUUUGUUUAAUUUAAUUGUAAUUAAGUAAUAAGGAAAAAAGUUUUAAUUAUUUGGCUGAGCCAAAAGUCAGAAAACCCUGCCUCCUAGCCAUAUAUGUUAAGCUGUACAGAAUAAGUAUGUCCUGAAGUAAACUGAAUUCUAGCCAAGACAUUUCUAUCAUUAGUAUGACUAGAUUCACACAUGAUAAAGCAUCUAAACCUUGGUUUAUUGACUGUCAAAACUGGUUGGGUUAACGUUACAUUUAGCUCUAAAUCACAGUUUAUUUAGUGGCACUACUGGGUUCACAAAGCCCAUUUAAAUCAAAAUCAUAGGGCUUCAUAUACAAUAUGUGAUAUAGCAAAGACACAUGUCCUAAGGCUGGAUGAAUUUUGAUGACCUUGAAAUACAAUUUCCUAUUCCAAUCUUCCUAACCGGGCCCUUGUCCAAACCAGAUUUUACCACAUCCUGGCAGAGCAUGAUAGGCUUUAUAAUCUCAUAUACUUAGAAGCAUUGAGUUAGAGAAAGCUGUGCUAUUUCAUUGCCUGUUGUAAGUCAAUGUGUAUUAAAUACUACUAAACAUAUUCUAAAUGUACCAAUCUAUAGUAAAAUCCAGCUAUUAUUCAA